AGCCCGACAAAAACGCCAUAAAAUACGUCAAAACAGUCAAUACCAAACUUCUACUUGGAGACUAGAAAGUUGCGUACUACUUGUAAUACUAGCCAUUGUUACCUGUUCCGGUUCAGGUGCCAAAACAGUCCGUCCUAGACGUGCUGUAUGACGGUGAGAGGGGCUUAUCUCGAAGAUCAGAGGUGUUAGUCAGAGAACACCUUUCGUAAGUGAUGACCUUUAGCGUAAUACAAAUGUAAUCAAAUAAAGGCAAAGUUAUCCCUUAAGGUUCGGUAAAGGUGUCCAAACAAAAGGAGAGCUUCACACCAUGACAUCUCACUGUUUACUAGUUGACUUUCUGACGCACGGAUCAUGAGUCAUGACCCACCUAUCUUUAAAAAACACAGGGACCGAAACUAUGACGAAUGUCACGAAGGGCGUCGGCACAGUUGAAAGGUAGACGGCUAGGAAUUUCGAAGGAUAAAGAUAAAAUGGGCAAAGGAAAGCAGGCGCGUUUUGUUGAGUGGAGUUGUAAUGAGUUUCUAGCUGUCUUUGUGAACUUUGCAGUACCCAAGCUAAGGACGUUGUACGACAUGGCGGGUCUUUCACAGGAGGAAGCUACAAAACGCCUUAAAGCAUGUCAAGAAAAGGUGGUUCGCAGUCUGUGGCACUGGAUUCAGCAGGACAAGAAGGUGGACCUCGACAACAUCACCGUCCUUAGGGCUCGUCCUGAACUGCGCCGGAUUGCUAAACAGCAGCGGUUUGUCUGCCCGCACCCCCUACCGCCUGCUACCUUGCUGCUCAACGAGAUUUGUAACCUGGGACUACCAGAUGCUGUCAUCCUCAUAUUUUUCCGUGACUUCAAUCGCCAGCUCAUCCACUGUGAUCACAACGGGAAGCUGUUGAAGUACAGCGCUUUCCUGUCCGUGACUCUAUGCUGCGUCGAAGAGAAGCAUGGAAACAAAGUCCUGAAGAAAACCUGGGGUGGAAGUGUACCUCUCCCUAAACACUUACGAGAAAUCUACAUCAAGUACGCAGCUCGCUGGUUCUGGCAUCCAAUCGUAUCUCUGCCAGUGCUCAUAACUCUCGACCAAACAGAGGAAGGGAAAGGACUGGGUGAUGUGGCUGUCGUUCCGAUAAACCCACCGACUCUACAUUGUCGAGCCUUCCAGUUCCACCUGUCUCCUGAGUCCAAGUGCCCCCGGCCACUGCCAGGUGUGAAGCUGGUUCCUCCCUGUAGUCAGUGCAAGGACAUGUUUCCUUCAUACAACACCACCACAGACAAGAGCGCUGGGUACGUGAAGUACAAAACAACUCCGCAUGGGAACACUACCCAUAAAUGGUGCCGAGGUAACUGUGCGGAGGUCACGGCCUUUAGCGACAUGUUCUACCAGCUGGGACUGAAGUGUCAAGUUCACAACGGCAAGGCCAAGAACAUUCUGGCCAAGUACAAGAUGGACAAGAUGCCGCGAGCGAAAUUUGUAAAGUAAACACAAAAUCUGCAACAUUUUGUUAGAAAACAUGACAAAAAUGUACAUACGGUUUUAAAGUUACUAUCAAUUGCAUUAAUUGUUUCAUAAAAGAUUUAUUAGGAUAUAAGUAAUUGUCACAAUUUGGCUGAGCAUGAAAAAUGAUGGUUCAGUUUCAUGCUAGAUUUUUCGUGUUGUAUGAUAUAUGGUGAAUGUAUGCAUAUAGUUGUUGAUGAAUAAUAAUAGAUCUAAUGCUGAACUUAAAGCCUGCUGGGUUUUAACGUUAUCACUAAAUCUAUAAUAGUAUAAUGUGUAGGACUGGUAUCAAGUGUUUAAGGGUCUCAAAUUGUCUUCUUUGUAAAUUGUAUGCAAUAAUUAUCUGUGCUUAAUACAUGGCUUUGAAGUUUAAACAUACGAAAUGAUUAACUUCCAGAGAAAUCUAAAUAAAGUAUUUACCUCAAUAUCCUGUCCUUCCUUCAUUUAAUUGCUACGCCUAUACCCUAAAAAAUAUGAUUUUCAAAGAAAUCUUUGGGGCUAUUCGUAUGAACUGAGCUCAUACGGACUUGAUAUACGCAUUACUGCGACAGCCCCUACAUAUUCCAUCAAGGAGACUCUGAGACGUUAUGUACAUUGAAAAUGACAUAAGCGUAAGGGGAUUUUAUGAAGCUCAGCUGCGAGGAGUCAGAAGACGUGAUUUGAAUGAAAGCUACGUAAUCCCUAAAGCAAUGACGUUCGAAACAAAGGUGAGAUCUAAGUCAUUAAUCCUAUGUGUGCUUAUUCUCCCUGCGGGUACAGCUUACUGACGCAAAACAUAGCCAAACCCAACCUGAUAAUGGCCAUGGAAAAGAGGAAGUUAAACUAUGACUCAUUCAUUAAAAUAGGUGUUGGCACAGGUUUCAGGUAAACAAGCGUGUCUGGUUUCAGUAGUUAGAAAAGAUGGACGAAGAAAAGCGGGCGCGUUUCGUGGAGUGGAGUUGUAACGUGUUUGUAGACGUCUUUUGGUACUUUGGAGUUCCUAGGCUGUGGACUUUGUACUAUGAGAGAGGGCUUUCCUGGGAAGACGCUGCAAGACGCCUGAUUAGGUGUCGUGAAAAGGUUAUGGACAGUCUGUGGCACUGGGUUCAGCAGGACAGACGUGUGAACCUGGACAAUAUCCACUUCCUCCAGCGCCGCCCUGAACUCCGUCAGCGUGCUACAAGGCAGCGAUAUGUGUGCCCGCACCCCCUACCGCCUGCCACAAUAUUGCUCAAAGAGAUCUGUCACCUGGAGCCUCCAGAACACGUCAUUCUCGAGUUUUUCCGUGACUUCAACCGCCUUAAGACCGGCAGUGAUCAGUACGGGAAGUUGAAGUACAGCGCUUUCCUGACAGUGACUCUGUGUUGCGUGGAAAAGAAGCUGGGAAGCAAAGUCCUGAAGAAAACCUGGGGCGGAAGUGUGCCUCUGCCCAAACACCUGCGGGAUAUCUAUAUCAAGUACGCAGCUCGCUGGGUCUGGCAUCCAAUCGUAUCCUUGCCAGUGCUCAUAAGUUUUGACCAAUCAGAGGAAGGGAAAGGAUUGGGUAAGAUGAGGGUUGUGCCUGUAAAUCCACCCACUCUAUCAUGCCGAGCCUUUCAAUUCCGACCCGAGUCCAACGAUCAUCUACCAGGAGUGCGGCCUGUCCCUCCUUGUAGUCACUGCAGGGACAUGUUUCCCUCACAUGACCAACCGGCAGGGGAAUCCGACGGUGUCGGGUACGUGCAGUACGCACUUACUCCGCCAGAUGACGCCAGUGCCAGUUGGUGCAGAGGAAACUGUGCUGAGAUUGCUGCUUUUGGGGAGAUGUUCAAAGAGCUGAAACAAAAGUGUCGCGUGCUCAACGGGAACUCAAAGAAGAUUCUUGCUAAAUACAGGAUGGACAAAAUGUCUCAAGCAAAACUCGUUUCGUGAGGGACCAGUUUUACACGGUUGACAGUUCAUAGAAACUUGAAUUUUACCAGAAUGUUAUGACAAAAUUUUUGUUCCCGAGAAAAUUCCCUACCUAUUUUAUGUGAACAUUUAUUUGUACAGUAUUGCAAACUUUUGAAUAUCCAGUUGACUAACCUGACAUGAUCAUGUUCUGCAGUUUAAUUGUUUUCAUCAACUAACUGAUUUAUUCAAGAACCUUUCGAGUACUCUAGGGCAGUGAAAGGUGGUACCCGGUAGAUGGCACAGGAAUCACGGGUAUUUAAAAUCAGAACUAAUUAGAUACUGUCAAGCAAAGUUUAAGCUCAGUUUAUGUCCAUCAAUGGGCAAUGAUAAUGUUUUAUGUACUGUAAUACAUGAAUAUGGUACAUGUAUUAUCAUAUGAUAUGUAUCAGCCCAGGAGCAACCACUAGCCCUCUUCUGUAACAUUCCUUUGAAGUAACUAGCCACUUCCAACCAUAAUGUAGAAGAAAGCUUGUACAUCAUGAAAAAUAUUAUUUUCUUCUAUAUAUAUUGGUACAUCUAAGGUAUCCUGGAUAUCAUCUGAUUACAGUACUACCAAGGUUCCUUACACUCGGCUGCCCUGAGAUGUUUUUUAGGGCAGUGAGUGUAAUCAAUCCUGGUAGUAAUUGGAUGGUGUCUUGGCUACAUCUUUGAGGCCAAUGACUGUACUCUAAGUAGCCUGUAUGUAUUAUGUGUAUUUUAACUGAGGUAUCCAAUAAAUGUACAUAU